UCCCUUAACUUGAUAUCUGUUUACUUUAGAGGAGGCAGUUUUUGAGAAAGGAUCAUAAAUAUCUUGGCCCGCUGCCCCAGAGCCAUGACAAGCAAAAGAACAUACUCGCCUAAAGAUAGCCCUUGAGAUAUUUAAAUGUGUGGGUUAAUUUUUUAUCCACUUUAAUAACUAGAUUACCCCUCACCCCCCACCCCACUUCUUUGCUUUCUAUUUCUGCUCUGAAGCUGUGGGCACAGAAAUCUCUGCAGGCAAAUUACUCCAGAGCAUAUUGCAGGACAAUCCUGUAGCGAACAGCUAAAUUCACAGCAUCUGAUUCCUGAUCCUUUUCCGACAUGGCAGGUGUGAGUGGCUGUAUAAAAUAUUCCAUGUUUGUCUUCAACUUCUUGUUCUGGCUAUGUGGUAUCUUGAUCCUGGCGCUGGCAAUAUGGAUACGAGUGAGCAAAGAUGGUCAAGAGUUUAUCAGCAAAGGGGAAUCUGGCAUGAACCCUUAUGUCGCUGUGGAUAUCUUGAUUGCCGUGGGUGCUACCAUCAUGAUCCUGGGUUUCCUGGGCUGUUGUGGUGCCAUGAGAGAAAGUCGCUGCAUGCUCCUGUUGUUUUUCAUAGGCUUGCUUUUGAUCCUGCUUCUGCAGGUGGCGGCAGGCAUCGUAGGAGCUACUUUCAAAUCUGAGUCUGAGCAUAUUCUGAAUGAGACUCUCCAGAAAAAUGUGGAGCUUUUGAGUGGAACAGAUGAUAACGCUAAAGCAUUCCAGAAUACCCUGAUUAAGUUUCAGAAAGAGUUUCAAUGCUGUGGUUUGCUCAAUGGAGCUGCUGACUGGGGAACGAAUUAUGAGUCGUGUAAAUGUCCAGAUCAGUCAAAUACUUCUUGUACAAUUUAUGAAGGACAACUUGUUUACAAACAGCCAUGCGUUUCUUUUAUAAAAGACUUGAUUAAAAAACAUGCUAUCAUAAUUAUCGGAAUAGCGUUUGGACUGGCUGUUAUUGAGAUACUUGGUCUGGUAUUUUCUAUGGUCCUGUUCUGCCAGAUUGGGAACAAAUGAAUCUGUGGAUGUGUCGAGCUGCCAUCAGUCAAACUCCUUUGAAAUUUUGCUUCGGCUUUUGUAACAGUAAAUAUUUGAGGGCUGUAUAUGUUAGGAGCAGCUGUCCUAUUAAAAUGUCUCAUUUAGCUAGACUAUAGAGAUCUUUCAGACAUAUUGAACAUAUUUAGGAUUUUAGUGAUACUAGGAAAAUGAUACGAAUAUGCAUUUCUACUCAAAAUAAAUGUAACGUUCUUUACAUCGGUGCUUUUUUGUGUCUGAUCAUUGUGUUCAGGUGAUGCUGUGUUGCAAACAUUCACCUGGAGCCACCCAGGGGAGUAAUCUCCGUCUCGGAGGGACAGGCAGGGCGGUGCUUCCAGGCUCGUCAGAGGCAACACCGGCUUCUGUGUGGUGUCUCGGCCACUAGUGAUGAGAUUAAACCAAGUGUCAGGUUGAAAGAAUGAGAGCGUGGCCCAGCUCUUUUCUCUUUAUGCCAGUGUCUGCCGGUGGUGUCUCUCUUUGCUCUCUGUCUGUCACGGGCACAGGAAGAUGCCAGGGCUGUCUUUCCAGCCACCGAAUCUCCCUGGACCUUCCUCUGAAACAUAGUUACAGCUGCUUCUAUCUUUCUCAUUCUCACAGACAUUUUUGCAUUUUACCUCUUAUUGAGGUAUUAAUAUACACACAAUAAAGUGAACAGAUCUUAAUUAAGUAUGUACCUGUGUGUGUAUACUUUGCAGAGUGCCCCUACAUGGCACCUACCAGUGCUGGGUCAGAGCUGGCUCACGCCGGCUCCCAGCAGCCUGUCCACAUACGACUCUUCCCAGCUCUGCUCAGUGACGUCACAUUAGUAGCUUGAAAUCCACCUUGGUGGGAGAAUUUACACCCUGGGGACUGGCAAUGGUAUGAAACCAGAGAUUUUUGUUUUUUUUUCUAGAGCUGGUUGUUCAACAGUUACUAGUAUGUCACCACCCUCCUCAGCAAAUACCUCCCCAAAGAUAGCCGCUCUUCUGAAUUUUAUGACUACAGAUUCACUUGCCUACUCUUGGACUUUCUACAAAUGGGAUUGUAAAAUACACACUCUGGCUUUUUCUCUUCAACAUGUUGUUUGUGAGAUUCAUCUAUACUGUUGCAUGCAACUGAAAUUAAUUUUCAUUAACUUCAUUAAUUGUUAUGUAGUAGUUCAUUGUAUACAAAUAUAUA